UGGUCGGCAGCAAUAAUUGCGUCACUCGUGCAGAAUUCCAAAUUCCCCCCAAAAUCCAUUUAAAACCUUUGGAACGGCAGAAUUUCUCCUGCAGUUGGGCUCGGUGGCCGGUAAUAAACGGUUCGUCAGUUUGCUAAGUGUGGUUGUUCAGUGAGUGAAAGCUUUACAGAUCAAGCAAAACAUGUGCCGAACUCAGUGCGCUAUUGUGGUUGUUCACAUUCUGAUCGCCCAAACGAUCGCCGGUCAUUCAUUCGAUCAACAAACGAAACAGCUGUUCGUGGAUGGGCUCACGAAGGCAGACAGAAUAAAAUAUUUUGGUAGCGAAAGCGAAAGUGGGUGGCCGUAUUAUGAGAUUGUGGAUUUGGAAGUGCAUCGUCCAGACGGUAGUUGGGAUGUGAAGGACUUGAAUUUGAGUUUCUCCUUUCGGAACGAUCCCAUUCGGUUACAUCUACGGCUGAACAAAGUGUUAACUAAACCAACUACAGUACUCACAACAGCACAGGAACGUGUCACUAAGGUGCUUGACGACCGAGGACCAGCUACUAGCGAACAUUUUGUGCAUAAUGAUGACAACUUCACGGCUGCCUUUUCAACUAACGGCGACGAUCGAUUUACUGGAAUAAUCUUUCACCCAUCUGGACCGCUGGAAUUGGUUCCUUUGGAUGACAAUAUGCCGUCUCUGAGUUCAACAUUACGAAGACCACAUUUGAUCAAAGCACUACAGAUCGACACCAACCAUGCUGAUGUGUCAUAUGAGCUCGUGCGGCGUCGAACACAUUCCGAAAUCCAUCUGCUUGGAGAUACCCUCGGACAAAAGAACUAUUCCUCUUCCGAGUUAGAGGAGCUAGAAGGUAGAGACGGUCGCAACCGUAGUGCUCCUUCGAAAAACGCCAAACCUUUGAUAGAACUUGCAGUAUUUUUCGACGAAGCAGCCUACAAAACGUUUGCCCCUUACUUUGACUACAACGAUGCAGCUUUGCGAGAUUUUAUACUGGCCUAUAUUAACGGCAUUCAGGCUUUGUAUCAUCAUCCCUCGCUGGGGCAGGGUGUCGAUAUUGCACUAGUGUAUCUUGAGCUCAUGCGCACGCAGUCUUCCGCAAUGCCUCACUACAAUGGUGAGCGCAAUCAGCUGCUUGAUUCUUUCUGUGCCUAUCAAAGUGUCUUAAAUCGGGGCCGUUGGGAUAUGGCGUUAUAUCUGUCCGGGUUGGAUUUUUAUGCGAUCGAAAACGGGCGCCGAGCCGGAGGAACCAUGGGCUUGGCAACGGUUGGAGGAGUGUGCUUAAGCGAUUACGCUUGCGUAAUUGCGGAGUUUGGCGCUAGAAACGUGUUUGGUAAGCCGUAUCCUUCGUCGGGCUUUACAUCCAUUUACAUAGCCGCACACGAAAUCGGUCACAAUCUAGGGAUGCAUCAUGAUUCUGUUGGAAACGGCUGUCCAAAGGAUGGGUUCGUUAUGUCACCAUCAAGGGGAACGCAAGGAGAAACUACAUGGUCCAGUUGUAGUGCCGAUGUGAUCACACAGCUUAGUUGGGCCGGUUGUCUGUUUGAACAGGAUUCUAAAACAGUAGCAGAAUAUGAUACAUCGAAAUAUUACGACCACCCAGGACAGGUUUGGACAGCGAAGAAACAAUGCGAGGUGCUGCUUACUGAUAAGGAUGCCAUAUUAGCGUCCACAGAAUUACCGGCGAUUUGUCAGAAUGUACGCUGCCGAACUCCUCAUCGGACUGGAUUUUAUUUUGCCGGACCAGCACUGGAAGGCACUGAUUGUGGUGAUAAUAAGUGGUGCAAGGGAGGCACAUGUACCAAGCAGAUGAAAAAACCCUCCAAUAUUAUCCCUGGUGGAUGGAGCGAAUGGAAGGACGAAGAAUGUGUUUCUGGUUGCUUGGAGCAAUCAAUGGGAUACAAGCGCCGAACGCGCCGUUGUGACAAUCCGCCCCCAGUUAAUACCGACCAAGGCUGUGAAGGUGUAGCUUUUGACGUUGCGAUUUGUGAUGAUGGCAAGCUGUGCCAAGCGAACCGCGAACCGGUCCAGUUCUAUGCUAAUCGACGCUGUCGCGAGUUUAGUCAGUUGCUUCCGCGGCUGGAUCCUGAAGGCCGUGGAAUUCAAGGUCCAUACGACUCGAAGCGAUUAUGGAUGAGCUGUGCAGUAUACUGCAAACGCGCUGAUAGCGAAGCAUAUUACGCACCGAGAUUCGAUUUGAAUGAUUUAGGCGUAGAUUCGUACUUCCCCGACGGUACGUUGUGUCAUCGGGAAAAGGAUACGAGCUACUACUGUCAGCAGCAUCAUUGUUUGCCUGAGAACUUUAAAACUUCCAAAAUUUCUAUUUGGACCAUCACCGAUGAUAUACCAGUAGCAGGGAACGCUUUACCAUUCGAAACUCAUUUCUUGAACAGUGCGAUAUUAAACUAUCUUUCACUUGACAAAAACAUCGUACCAUUAACAGGUACAUGGAGUUUGAAACCGGAGGAGCUCCCAAAUGACGAUCAAUGGGUUGAUCAGGAUUAUUUGGAUUUGACGGGUAGCUACAGAGUGCAAACGAACGAGUCGUUGGAAGGAUUGUAAUUGGUGUUUAUUUGAUUAUUUGUAUUUGUUAAGUGAUUGGCCAUCAUUGGUCUCAUAACUGUUCUUAUCAACUAUCUUAGUUGUCUAGGGUAGCCAUUCCGGUGUUACGGAAUGAGUAAAUUGUAAAUAUCGUAAUGGAUUUUUUAAAUUGUAUUUCUUUAUUUUAAUUAAUGUUCAAUAAAACACCAA